UGAAAUCUUCACGUGGGUUUCAAAAUAACAGAAAGUCCUGGUUUGUCGGGGUCCCAUUAAGAGCCGUUGACGUCUUUUUCAUUAUCUGGACCUUCCUGUCAUCUUCAACUGAUGAAAGUGGGCUCAGGAACCAGUAAGCUAAAAAUGACGCUUGCUUUGUCCACGUUGAUUCUGUUUGCUGUCGUAUUCAUACCUCAGUGUGUAGGUGAAGGUUCCAUUAUAGGGAUCAUUGGAGAAGCAGCCAUACUGCCCUGUGAACUUAAUUUUAUGACUCCAGUGUCCAUCGAAGACAUUAAUUUUGAAUGGCGAGCUGAAGGUGAUAUAGUGGAUGCAUUUGUUAAAGGACAACAUGAACUGACAAAUCAGGAGAAACAAUACAGGAACAGAACAGAGCUCUUCAUUACGGAAUUGGCUCCAAGGAAUUUGUCUUUGAAAGUAUCUCACAUUUCUCCAAAUGAUAGAAAAGUCUACGAAUGUUGGUUCUUCAUAGACGAGGACCGUAAUGGGUAUCUGGACAAGUGGCUUCUUAAAGUGGCAGGUCAUUACUCUGAGCCACUUAUAAAGGGACCAGCAAAGACUGAUUUGCGCAACAGGGAUGCAGAUUUCAUAUGUGCAGCUACAGGGGGAUACCCCGAGCCAAAGGUCCAUUGGUUUAUCAACCAGAAGAAGGUGCCUCCACAGUCCAACAGGAUAAAUACCACCAUCACAAAUAUCUCUAGUGAGAAGUACGAUGUGAAGAGCGUGUUGACUAUAAACAUGACGGAUGACACGAGUGUCUACUGUACUGUGGAAAACGAGCUUCUUAAGGAGGAAAGGAAAUCGACUGACAUUCAGUAUCUGGUUAAAACUAAGAAUGAGCUACACAGUGGGGACAGAAGACACUGGUGGAUAGCAGUGAUUGUGGCAGUGGCACUGCUGGUGAUCAUAGUGAUUGUAGCGGCUGUGUUUAGAUCAAGGAACAAUUCAGCAUCCUCUGGAAACAAUUAUGAUCAAGCACAGCAGCAAGUAAGAACAUGGAAUGAACAAAACCCUCUGCAGUCUAUAAAUGCUGAAGAUUAACUUCUCCAGUGUUUCAUUCAAGUUUUUUAUUCGAGUGGCUGACCUGCACAAAAGUGAAUGAGAAGUGAUUUGUUUUGAUUUUGACAAACCUAAAGUCCACAUGAGCCAUUAGACUGUGAGCUGAGAGAAUCGACUAUUCUUCUGGAAUGGAGCCCAUGAGAGCAACUCAACAAUGGACUCAGCCAGUUUUGAGAGGGACUCUUCAUAAAUUGUGCCAUUUUGCCAAAGGAGGAGGAGAACAUCCAUCAGAGAAAAAGGACAGGAACAAAUCACCUAACUGAUCAAUGCAUUUGCAUUGGCCAUCAAAAAAGGUUCUGCAGCUUCAAAAGACCUAUCUAGAUUGGUGAAGGUCAGCGUGAAUCCUGCUUUCCGUUACAACUAUCAGACUGUGGUGAGCUCGUGAAGUUCUUUUUUUAUAAUGGCACAGUACUGACUGAAUCAUUUUACAUUUAAGACUUCAACUUCUUUGCAUCAGCUGGCAUCUAUAAUUCAUUCACCUGUUAUACAGAGUCGACUUGAACUCUAGACUAAACUUCAGGAGGGUGCUGGGGGGGUUUGUUCUCUACUGUAUUUAUUUCUAUUUACAUGUACUGUAUAGGGGGUUGUUGUAUAUUGGGGGGAAGGAGAUCAUUGCUGUUUUUCUUCUUUGUCUUUCUUUUUUGUAUAUGCUCUCCUGUUUACUGAAAUUGCCUUAUAACUGCCUUUUCGAAUAUACUGUAUAUAUUCAUUAACAACAACAACAACAUUUAUUGUAUAUAGCACAUUUUCAUACAAAAAGUAGCUCAAAGUGCUUUACAUAAUGAAGAAAAGAAAAAUAAAAGCCAAAAUAAGAAAUUAAAAUAAGACAACAUUAGUUAACAUAGAAAAGGAGUAAGGUCCGACGGCCAGGGUGGACAGAAAAAACAAACAAAAAAAAAAACUCCAGACCGUUUAAACCGUUUAGAGCUGAUUAUCUCAAAAAGGGGACGUAUGGCGGGGCACUUCAUGGGGUGAUAUUGGUCUAUCCUUUUAUUAUCCACUUUACAGUUAGGAAGGUGAGUGGUAGCGAUCGGCCCAUUUCAGCAUAUCGGGUACGACUCGUUACACAAGUCCACAUGGAAUGAAACUUGAUGUCUAAGAGGAAUUGCUACAGUGUUUAAUAUCAUAAAACCAUAAAUGAAAGCACCACAGAAUAUCUAGAAAUCUCAGAUAAAGAUUGUUUCUUUGGUGGGAAAGGAUCCUGAGUCUCAAUGAACAGACAGAAGAAAUUACAAAAAAAAGUCAACACCUUCCCUUAUAAGUCUGGGCAUCCAACAGUUGGUGUUCCUUGCUAUUAUACUGUAUGCCUGUUCUACACAUUCUUGAACAAAUAGAUGAAGUACUGUUUUACUGUAAACCAGAAUUUUGGUGCUCGGACUUGGACAGCCUGCAAUGUAGUUUGGUGGGCAACCCAGUCCAGUCUUAUAAUGAUGUGCUAGUAAAUGGAGGAUAUAGAAAAGUGAUAUGUUGAAAUAAAGGGCCAUCAGAGCCCUGAGGCGUAGCAGAGACGUUUAUACUACUAAGAGAAGAUCAGCUUGUGGAACUUUCUUAUCUAAAGAUAUCAUAAUCUCAAUUUUUGCAAUUUGCAGAUAUUUAGUUAAUAAUAAUGAUCCUUUAUGGUUACUAACCCAAGUCAGUCUUAAUGACUUCCCUCUGUGGUUGAUCAAAGGACAUUUUGUCUUCAUUGUCUGGUCCAUCAUUCUUAGAAAUAAUCAGUUUUCCUCUUUGGUACUACAAAACAUUUGGCCUCACCAUGUGUGACCCAAAAUGAAGAGGAUAUUUGCUAAAGUGAAGGAUUUACAAAGGUAUCAAAGGGUCUUGCAAAUGGUUUAAUGGCUUCAUUCCAACAAAUGGUGUUGUAGUUUAGUUAAUUGCAGCAGAGGGUUAAACCACUAAAUUACUUUCUAAUCCAUUAUCCAUUACAAAAGCUGUUCUUUUUUUGUGAUGUGGGAAGACCCAAAAAAAUGCUGUGUAUUUUUAAGUCAGUAUAGAUUUAUCUUGGGAUUAAUAAAGUAUCUAUCUAUCUAUCUAUCUAUCUAUCUAUCUAUCUAUCUAUCUAUCUAUCUAUCUAUCUAUCUAUCUAUCUAUCUAUCUAUCUAUCUAUCUAUCUAUCUAUCUAUCUAUCUAUCUUUGAUAGGGCUGGGCGAUUAAUCGAAAAGUAAUCGAAAUCGACAUUCAGAACCUAUAAUCGAUCAAAUUUUUCCAGGUCGAUUAUUUCGAUUACUUUCCCUUUAAAAACACUACCGCGUGUGGAGUCACGUGAACCCGCUCCGUUACGUUAAGUUAUUCCGCCGACAUGUCUCGCAUGGAGAGCUUAAACACUGACACAACUGAGCAACAAGAGCAGCUUGUACCAAAGAAAAACGCAGUCUCCGUCAUUUGGACACAUUUUGGCUUCAGUAAGGAUGACAUCGAACAAAAUGAAGUCAGAUGUAGACACUGUAGAAAAACAGUUUCGACGCCCAAAGGUAACACCACCAAUUUGUUUCAACACUUGAAGCACAAUCACGUUACUGAAUAUGAACAGUGCAUGGCUCAACAAAAAACAAAAAGAGACUGACAAGCGACCCAGCAACAAGUGCCUCCACAAAGCAGAUGUCGAUAACACAAGUGUUCACAAAUGCCACACAGUAUGAGAAGAGUUCAAGAAGAUGGAAAGAAAUAACUGACGCUAUUUGUUAUUACAUCGCAAAGGAUAUGACUCCCUUGGCUACAGUGGAGCGAAGCGGGUUUAAACACCUCGUUAAAACUCUCGACAGAAGAUACACUGUGCCAUCGUGAUCACAUUUUUCUAAAACUGCGCUGCCAGACAUGAAGGGGAGACUGGGGACGGUUGCAACAAGUCUUAUUUCUCCAAUUAGAAACAUGCUAGAGUGAUGAUACUCAUACUGUACAUGCUCAGUUAGGCCCUCUCUCCACCAGAGAGAAACUAUACAGUUUCAUCAUCUGCUGCUGCAUUUAUUGAAAAAUAACUGUUUUGAAGGUAUGAAAGUAAUUUUUUUUGCAAGUUGUAUUUUUGACUUACUGUCCAUAGCUUUUAUUUUAAUUAAUCAAAACAUAUCUAGUUCAAAUCAUUGUGGUGUUGACUUUUAAAAAGUAUUGUUAGCAUGUUUCCCUGACUCUUUGAAUAGCUAGCACAUGGUGUUCUGUCAUGGCUGGCAGGUCAGGGACGGUUGCAACAACUUGUUGCAACCGUCCCCAAGCCAACCAGCCAUAUUGAAAUAGACUACAUAUCAUUACUUUUUAACAUUUUUAGUUCAGAAUCAGCACAUUUUUUUCAGUUUAAGUCAGAAGUAUUCUGCUAUACAGCUUAACUGUAGUUUAUGGAUCUAAAAAUAGAAAUAAUCUGUUUUUUCCAGUAUGCCAAGAGUGAGGAAGAGAGUUACUAACAGAGGGGUUCCCCUCGAAAUUUUGGAACAAGCUUCAAACGUAAUUAGGAAUGAGGGCAGGACAGUCAGGGCAGUCGCCAAGGACUUUUCCAUCUGUCAUACCACCUUAUUUCGAUUCCAUAAGGAAAGAGAGAAGCUUGCAAGUGAGGGAUCAGAUAAGUUACCACGUGCAGGGUACUGGACCAUCAGAAGAGUGUUCUCAGAAGACCAAGAGAGGAGUCUAAAACAGUAUUUACAAAGGGCAGCAGACUUAGAUUAUGGGUUAAGUCCUAAAGAGGUAAGAGAAAUUAACAGAAAUGUAUAAAGAGAGUAAGAGGGUGAGAGGGUUAGGGUAAUAUCGGUAAAAAGUGAAAGAUAAUAAAAACUAUUUACAUUUUAUAACAUUUUAUUUCAGGUUCGUAGGCUUGAAUUUUCAACUCGCCUCUCACUAUACGUGUAACUUUCCCUCACAGUGGAAUGAGGCCUGUAUGGCUGGUGUUGACUGGUUUAAUGGUUUUUUAAAACGGCACCCAACUCUCUCAAUAAGACGUCCUCAAGCCACAAGCCUUUCGAGGGCAACUAGUUUUAAUGAAACAAAUGUUUACAAUUUUUUAACAAUUUAAGCCAGGUUUUGGACAAACACAAGUUUCAGUCACAAAACAUAUGGAACAUGGAUGAAACUGGGAUAACAACUGUUCAAACUCCCGACAGGGUUGUGGCAAGACGUGGUGACAGGCAAGUUGGUGCAGCUACCUCAGCAGAAAGAGGCCCACUUGUCACACUAGCUUGUACAAUCAAUGCACUUGGUAACUCCAUACCCACAACUGUGAAUCUGACUAAAAGAGUUGCAUUAUUUUGUUCUUGUUGUUUGUAGAAAGGUUCACUGGAAGCCAGUUCCCAAAAUUGUUCUGCUAACUGGCAGAUUUCUACUGUUAGUCAGUAUAGAUGUGGGGUACUUUAUAUGAGGGGUGAUUAGCCACUGUUUAGGAAUAUCUGUGCAACUUUAUUUGGGUUGUAUUUGAUAUUCUCAAUAUUAUACAAUAAAUGUAUGUUUAAAUACUGUUAAUUAGUAGGAAUUAUAUUAUAAUUGUUCUAGUAACUGGCAGAUUUAUCCUGAGAGCCAGUAGAAUUGUUGGGGUGACUUUAAAUUCAUUUUGUAUUCAAUAUUUUUGACUUGUUUUAAAGCAGAUCCAUGUUUGGACAAUAAAUGCAUUUUUAAAAAAUCCCGUGUGACAUAAAAAUACAGAACUUUCAAUAUGAAUAAAAAUCUACUUUAAUAUUAUUGUAUAAUUGUAGAUUUACACAGUACUAUGCAAGUUCAGAGAAAAAGCAAAGGUUAAUUAUUGAAAUUUAAUAUAUGUUUAACAUGUUGCAACCGUCCCCAAUGUUGGGGACGGUUGCAACAUCUGACUUCUUCAGUUCAAAUUAAUAUUGUGCAGGAUAUGUAAAAUAUAAUUAACUACAAGUACUAUGGGUAAUUAGCAGACAGAUGUAAGUUUAUAGUAUACAAAUUUGGCUGGUGUAGUCCAAACAGUCUCUGAGUAAAUAAGGGGAAUGCAAAAAGUGUUGCAACCGUCCCCAGUCUCCCCUACAAGACUUGUUGUAAAAAUGUAGCUGCUGAACUGAAAAAUGUUCAACAUUUUGCAGCCACAUCUGAUCUCUGGUCAAGUAGGACGAUGGACCCAUUCUUGAGCCUUACUUUGCACUACAUUGACAACGAUUGGAAGCUGCGCCAGAGAUGCCUUGAGACGGCAUAUUUUCCAGCCGAUCACACGGCAGAUAUGAUUGCGCAAGGUCUGAAAGAUAUGCUUUCUGAAUGGGACCUCGCAGAAGAAAAACUUUCAGCCAUUACGACAGACAACGAAGCAGAGAUGAGCAGCUAUUUGGUGUCCCCCAUGCUGGAUAGUGAGGCAAAUCCACUGGACUGGUGGAGGAAGCAUCAUGUACACUUUCCCACUCUAAGUAAGGUGGCAAAAAAGUAUCUCUGCAUACCAGCUACUAGCUCCCCAUCAGAGCGGGUUUUCAGUUCGGGCGGAAACAUUGUUACAUGCCUCAGGUCCUGCCUGAAACCUGAAAAGGUUAACAUGCUCGUGUUUCUUAGUAAGAACUUAAAGUAAAUUCAUGUUCAUAUAGUGACAUGACAAGAUCGCUAAGCUCACCUCAUGCAACAGUGUUUAGAGAGUUCUGUUUUCAUUACAACAUUAAAAUAUUUGUUUACAGAAGAUGCAAGAAAUGCACUGUUUAAAAUAUUAUUUACAGGAUAUAUGAGUUAUUUUAUUUAGAAGAGAUACUGCUUAUUUUCUACUUUUAAUAAGAAAAACAUUGAAAAUAAUUUAUUUUGUUUCCAAAAGUGCAAGUUAUUUAUUUUGACUUUUUUUAUAAGAACAAAGUGACUGUUCGUUUUAGGCAAUGUGUGCUUUAAUUUCAGUUGUUCAACAUUGAUGUUCAAUAAAUAAUCACAGAUAGUA